AUGGCUACUUUAGGAACCGGAACAGUACCAACUGACCUAUUUGGGCUAUCGUCGGGCUUUUCGUUGGCCUCAUUGUGGGUGGAGUUCCUCACAUUGGCACUUGUGCUUGGAGGGGUUCUGCUUACUUUGACCGACAUUAAUGAAGGUCCACCGGGUCCUCAAGGCACUACGGGAGCCUCUGGUGUUACCGGAGUAACAGGGUCAACUGGAUUGUCACCUACCGGAGCAGCUGGAGUUACUGGACCCACAGGACCAACAGGUGCUACAGGACCAACAGGAGCAACUGGAAGUGGCGUGGCUGGAGUUACAGGGGUUACUGGAGCUACAGGGCCUACUGGAGCUACAGGGUCUGGUGUAGCAGGACUAGCCGGAGUUACGGGGGUUACUGGACCUACAGGACCUACAGGACCUACUGGACCUGUCGGACGUUGA